AUGCCUGUUUUCCAGGCUCUUGGAGUACCCGUUCAUAGGCUUGUACAGGCUGCUGAUUCGGUGACAGCUUGCCUGUCAAAAGGUCUUGGUGCUCCAGCUGGCACUAUGAUUGCAGGUUCAGAAAAUUUCAUUGCCAAGGCCAAGAUUCUUAGGAAGACAUUAGGUGGUGCUAUGAGACAGAUUGGUGUUUUAUGUGCUGCUGCUUUGGUUGCAUUGGAUGAAAAUGUUGACAAGCUAGCAAGUGAUCAUAAGAAGGCUAAGAUUUUGGCUGAGGGGCUCAACAAUAUCAAGGGAUUGAAAGUUGAUAUACCGUCUGUGGAGACCAAUAUU